AUCCGCCUGACCCGCUACUGUUUACAAACCAGCACAGAGUCCGACACGGCAGGAUGAGGAUCCCUGCGUGAACUGAACAGAAACACCCUUUGCUUCUGAGUUUUGACUGAGGAGAGUCGCGCGGCUGUGACGGGCCAGCUGGGUCGUGGUCAUGCAGCACCCCAAUUUUGAGACUCGUCACCCGCUCCAGGCCGACGAGCAGCAGCAGCAGGAGACGGGCUUCGACCCGCUGCACAACUUCAACAAGAACCGCAGCAGGGGAUCGCUUGACAGCAGCGCGUACGCCCAGUCAACCUUCCUCUCGUACAGGAAAGAAUGGGACGACUUGUUCCUCAACAGUAAUUACCUGGCCAGGAUCCGGCAGGCGGGCAUCAGCGGUCGGCUGAGGAGCAGCCGCUUUCGGAGCGUAUGCUGGAAGCUGUAUCUGGAGGCUCUUCCAGAGGAUAAGAACCAGUGGAUCAACAAGACCAAGGAGCUCCGGGCCCAGUAUGAGAAAAUCAAAGAGACGCACAUCACGAACCCCCGUAAGGCUGCAGGCCAGCAGGACCUGGUGGUCAAUAACCCGCUGUCUCAGGAUGAGGGGAGCCUGUGGAACAAAUUUUUCCAGGAUAAAGAGCUGAAGGGGAUGAUCAAGCAGGACGUAUUGAGAACAUUCCCUGAGAUCCGUUACUUCCAGGACGAGGACGUGAGGACCAAGCUGACCGACAUCCUCUUCUGUUAUGCCAGAGAAAAUGAACAGCUACUAUACAAGCAGGGGAUGCAUGAGCUGCUGGCUCCGAUCGUGUUUGUGCUGCACUGUGACCAUCAAGCCUUCCAGCACGCCAGCGAGACGGCCAGCCCCAGUGAGGAGAUGAAAUGUCUGUUGAACCCAGUGUACCUUGAGCACGAUGCCUAUGCCAUGUUCUCGCAGCUGAUGGAGACAGCAGAGCCGUGGUUCUCCAGCUACGAGAGGGAAGUGAGGAAGGGUAAAGAAGAAAUGUUGACCAGCAUCCCGUUUGCUCGGCCCCAGGACUCGGGUCCCUCUGUUGCCAUAGUUACCAAAGUCAACCGUAUCCAGGACCAGCUGGUGAAGAAGCACGACAUCGAGCUACAUAUGCACCUCAACCGGCUCGAGAUUGCCCCGCAAAUCUACGGCAUCCGGUGGGUCCGCCUGCUGUUCGGCCGCGAAUUCCCCCUCCAAGACCUGCUGGUGGUGUGGGACGCUUUGUUUGCAGACAGCAUCACCCUGGAUCUGGUGGACUACAUCUUUGUGGCCAUGCUGCUCUACAUCCGAGACGCUCUCAUUGCUAGUAACUUCCAGACCUGCCUGGGCCUGCUAAUGCACUACCCUCCGAUUGGAGACAUUAACGCUCUGCUGCAGAAGGCUCUAUUCCUCCGAGAUCCCAAAAACAAUCCUCGCCCUGUGAACUACCAGUUCCAGCAGAACCUGGAUUAUUACAAAACAAGGGGAGCUGACCUCAUGAACAAGACACGAACCCCUUCGAGUACAAAAGCAGCUCCUCUGAACAUCAACAAGGUCUCCAGCAGCCUGCUGAACUUCGGCAGGAAGCUGAUCGCUCCGGCCAUGUCGGGGGCGUCCAGCGGCAUCUCGCCCAUCAACAGCGAGGUCCACUCCUCCUCCUCAUCCUCCUCGUCCACGUCCCCUGCUUCGGCACCGGCGCCCGUCCUGCAGCACCCGCUGGCCGACCCCCCCGCCCCGGCGCAGACCCAGACCCAGGCUCAGGCCCAGGCUCAGGUCCAGGUCCAGGCCCAGACUCAGCACUACCGUCUACUGAAGUCUGAAAGCAUGCCUGUUCAGCUCAGCAAAGAUGGAGUUUCAGGUGGCGCGUCUCAGGUCUCUCUCCCAGCCCAGACUCACACUGACACACAAGGCCAAAGCUCCCGGACAGUCAGCUCGUCCCCGAGCAUCGAAAGUCUCCCUGGCGGGCGAGGUCAGUCCGCCGCCGCCUCCCCGCCUCUUCCCCUCUCCAGAGGGAGUGACGUCAGCGCCUCCUCCCCGCCUCUGUCCGCCACCAAGAAAGAGUCUUUCUUCAACAUCACUCGCUCCCGCUCCCACAGCAAGACCAUGGGCAAGAAAGAGACGCAGGACGAGGACCUGGAAGCGCAGGUAUCCUUCCUGCAGGGCCAGAUCAACGACCUGGAGGCCAUGAGCAAGUACUGUGCCAAGAUGAUGAACACACACAUCUGUAAAAUCCAAGACGUUAUUCUUCAAGAACACCUGGAGAAGGAGGAUGAAGUCUUGGUGUCGCUGGCUGGGCUCAAACAGAUCAAAGACAUCCUCAAGGGGGCGCUGCGCUUCAACCAGAGCCAGCUGGAGGCUGAGGAGAACGAAGAAAUCACCAUCGCUGACGACCACUACACCUCCACCGCGGCCGCCGAGACCGCCCUGACCAGCAGCAGCCACCUCGGCCAGCUCCACCAGCGAGGAGCGGCCGGCAGGCCGAGCCGGGACUCCGACCUGGACGGCAGCGGGAGCGCGGACGAGAAGGAGGAGGAGCAGGCCGCGACCCCACCUGAGCAGCAGGUGGCGUCCUCUCUGGGCUCAGAGGGUAAAAACUGGGACGAUUACAUCCUCGUGUCUCAGGAUGGAGAUCUGCAUGCUGAAGGAGGCGGCGUCGCAGUGGGAGGACGGCCCGUACCGCAGCACACCCCUCCAGCCAGGCGGGGGCGCGGCAUGGUGCGGGUGGAACCGGAGGGCGCGGCCGGGACUUUCCACGACCCCCUGAUGGCCGCCGCCACCUCGGGCUCCUCCAGCCCAGACGAGGGCUCCACCCACAGCAAGGACUCUGACUUUACCAUCGUGAACCCCAACGACCUGUGAACGGCGGACCGGCCCCGCCCUCCGUCUCUCUGACCCGCCCCGAGGAACCGAGUGCCGGUCGGCGACGGGGACCCGGAGUCCCUGGUGGCGGAGAAAAGAAGAAGAUUGCACAUUUGGACUGUGACGCAUUGAGUCACAUAUUAUUCUCUGUCUCUUAAACUGUCAUCUGUGCCACCUGAGCUGAUGCUGUCUGCGGUCUCAUCCACCGUCUGCCUGUCUCGUCGUCUCGCCCAGUCCCAUCCACCCUCACCUGUCACUUCAUGACGUGUAACUGUAAUUCCCCGCUCCGCAGAGAGAGGGCGCCAUCGAACUGCUGACCCCCCCAGUCACUACAAGCUCACUGUCUGAACCUCAAACUGCAUUUUAACCUCAAGGGACGACCGUCUGAGUGUGAAACUCCUCUAAGUGUGGAGAUCCGGCCAUACCUCUGCCUGUGCUGCGUCUGUCUGUCUGUCUACGUCCCACAGAGGAAGCUUCUUGUUUUGUUUUUUUUUUGUUUUUUUUUUUCUUUUUCUGUAACGUUCAAAGGAAAAGGAUGACGUCCUCGUGUCGCUCGUCGAGGGCGAAGCUGCCCUCCCCUCCUGAACCAGUGCCUCUGACCAUUACUCUUCUCUCAGCCAAACAAAACCUAACUCUGUGAUCUUAUUCUCUUUUGUUAGUUAGCUUUUUUUAUUUGAUAGAAAAUCUUCUCUUUUUUUAACCAUUUAGAAGUUUAAUUUCCCUUAUAAAAUGAUUAAAUUAUGGAGUAGGCCUGUUUUGUUUUUUUUGCGUUUUGUUUUUAAAAUGGAUUCCAAGUGUGGACGUUUUUAUUGUGUCAGUUUUCAUUUCUCACAUCACACGUGAGCAGGUUUUGUGUUUUGGUGAAAUGAUGUAAAGCAGCACACAAAAGAAUGUCCCUCUAGCUGCCCAUUCAGCAAAUUUAACCGUAUAGACCAAUAAAAACUACAUUUGCUCUUGCUA